UGUUUUCACAGUAUUAUUAAUGUUCCUCAGCUUUCUUACGUAUAUGCUGUGUACAGUGCGUUAUUGUAUAUUUUCAGUGCAUUCUGAAAAAUAUUCGCCUUCUUUAAGUCUAAAUACUAAAGUACUAAAUGACCGCGACAAACAACCACACACCUCUGCAACGGCGCUGUGAAAGACUCGUGAAGAUGAAAAAUUACUAGAGAAUGAUACUGAGAGUGAAACUAAUAAAAUGCUUGCAGAAUCUGAGGUAUGUGAGCAAGUACCUAUUCAUGAACCCUCAACUAAUCCAGUGAAAAUGGAGGACAAAAAUGGACAAACAUCCUCCACUGUUGUGUCAGAGAGACAUGUGUCUAUCCAAACUACACUGGAAGGGCUCGAAGGGCUUGUGGAUUUAAAUGGAGCUGGAAGGAAGUCUUGUCCAUUGUGUCCAGAAGAGAAAUUCAAGGCCUGUUACAGUCAUAAGCUCAGACGGCAUCUGCAGAACCUGCACUGGAAAGUUUAUGUAGAAUUUGAAGGUCAAAGGAUGUGCAUCUGUCAUCUACCUUGCCGACAACUCAAGUCCAGUCUAGGCUCUGACCAGGCUCAAGGCAGACUGGUGGCUCACUACCACUGUGUGGUUUGCUCUGUCACUAUUGCUCGCAAGACAGACAUGAUCAGUCAUCUCAAACGCCACAUCAACAAGGGUGAGACAGAAGCCAGCUAUUCAGGCAGCUUGGAUGUCCCCUUUGAAGACCCUGUCCCAGGUGGACAGGCCUAUGAGAUCAUGAAAGAGUUGGGCACCAAUGUCCAGCUCCUGCCCAACCACACCACUCCUCAGAAGACAGACACCUACUUCAGCCGCAAGAUGAAGACAAACAGGCAGCUGGUGUUCUGCUCUCUCGCCGUUCUUGCCGAGGAGAGGAAUCCACUCGAAUGCCUUGAUGCUUUUGGAGCCACUGGCAUCAUGGGUUUGCAGUGGGCAAAGCAUCUGCGUAACUCUGUAAAGGUUACUAUAAACGAUAUAAACGAAGCUUGCGUCAAGAUGAUUAAGGAGAAUUGUCAUUUGAACCACAUCCGAGUAGAGGGGAAUCGUACAGGCCGGCAGCUAGAUGGAGCGGGAGAUGCAGACUCUCCCAUUGCUUCAGUAGAGGCGGUGAAGAUGGACGCCAAUGUCAUCAUGCACCUGAGACCCUUUGACUACAUACACCUCGACCCAUUUGGAACGGCUGUGAACUAUCUGGAUGCAGCUUUUCGCAAUGUUCGGAACUUGGGCAUAGUCUCAGUGACGUCAACAGACACUGGUUCACUUUACUCCAAAUCCCUGAAUGUGACGCUUCGACAUUACGGCUGCCAGAUCGUCCGAACCGAGUAUUACAGGGAACUCGCUGCACGUAUGGUAUUGGCAUCUGUGGCCAGGGCGGCCGCACGCUGCAACAAAGGAAUCGAGGUGCUGUUGGCCGUGGCUCUUGAACACUUUGUCCUCGUGGUGGUGCGAGUUCUCAGAGGGCCCACCCAGGCAGAUGAGUCCUCUAAGAAACUGCGGCAGCUGUUGCACUGCCAGUGGUGUGAAGAAAGGGUGUUCCUCAAACCAGGAAGCAUGGUGGAAGAAAACCUGUACAGACAGCUGCCUUGCCAGUGCCAUGGGAGUAUGCCAGGAAAAACUGCAGUAGAGCUUGGACCAAUUUGGGCUGGUCCUUUGUUUAACACUGGAUUUCUGAGGCGGAUGUUGGUGGCGGCAGUGCAGCAUAAUAUGGAAGACAUCCAGCCUCUGGUGAAGACUCUCAUCUGUGAAGCUGACUGCACCACUCUCAAGCCUUUCUCUGUCCCAGGAUACUCUGCCCUCUCCAACCAAGUGGAGUGUGGUGUGGUCAUAAAAACUUUACAGAAGGUUGAAGAGGCAGAUACAUCUGACCAAGCAGGGAAAAGAAAAACCAAAGGGGAGGACUCUGGGAAUGUGCUGAAGAAAAUCAAAGCUGAUACAUCUUUAGAGCAUCCAGCGUUCUACUACAGCAUCCAUCGGCACAGCAUCCGUGGCAUGAACAUGCCCAAACUGAAUAAGUUCCUGCAGUAUCUCACAGAGGCCGGGUUCAGAGUGAGCCGCACACACUUUGACCCAACAGGCGUGCGGACUGACGCUACCCUGGCACAGUUUAAAGAAGUGCUCACGAAAUACAGCGUGCCUACAUACUCGUCCACCCCUCAGAGCAGCACUGUCGGCUCGGACCGACGUCAAACUCUCUGAUUUCACAUAUUCAUGAAACCAAACCAGCAUUUUGAUUUUGCCUAUGUGGACAUGCAUUUGAGAGCUCGGACUGCACAAAGGUCUGAUUUUUCUUUGGCUGUUUUCAUUGAUGAAUUUUCCUGUUUAUUUUAUGAAGCUUGUUUCUAUGACAACUUGUGGAUAAAAAACAAAAACAAGAGUUUCCUCUGAAUGAAAACGGUUGUUCCAGUUUGUUGAUGUUUUUUGUGGAUUGCACUGAGGCUUUGACCCAUUACGGGCUUACAGUAUUUGAUUAAUCAUUCUGUGCUGACAGUGAUGCAGUAUUUGACAGUUAUUUUUUGGUUUUUAAAUUUUUAAAGAUAUUUAUGAAGAGCCUGUCAAAGGAUUAUAUUGAUCUUCCUUUAUCUAAUUUUCUAUUCCACUUCGUUUUUGCUUCAAUAUUUUACUUGAUUGCUACAACCUCAAUAAAACAUUUCACAUCA